GCGAUGAACGCAGUCACACGGAUUUAACGUCACUGUCAACUAUACAAGUUUACACAAAAUGUAUCACUUUUUUAAAUACCCUUUUGAAGGCUACAAACCUGUAAAGUACGUUGUAAAUCCGGUUAGAGUUGUUGAGGCUGUACUAUGUAUCAUGUGUCUUGCACUCGCAGCCGCCAUAGACUCCAUAGUUCAUGACAUGUAUAUAGCAUUCAAAAUAAUCUUAACAAUGACCGCUGCAGCUUUUGUAAUAAUAACGGUAUACGAUGUGAUAGCAACUUCAUACAUGCGGCCACUUUUUUGGAACGCUUGGACUCUAUUUGCGAUCACUGGAACCAUAUUUUUUUUCCUUUGUGCCGGUGUAAUAAUAGCAACUGGAUUCGGACACGUUCUACUAAUCCUUGGUGUAGUUGCAAAUGCCGUAACAGCAAUUAUUUUUCUACUAGAUACUAUUCUUAUUUUGCAUGCGUUUAAAAAGAAACAAACCGAAGUGUAUCCGGAAGAAUAUGAAGCUGAACCAAUUGUGGUUAUACAACAAGUACACCAAGUUACAGCCGAACCCAGCAAAUCGGCCUUGAGAAUAACAGAUGAAGAAAAAGAACUUAGAAAAGUCGAUUCAAAAAUAUCUAGAACCGAGUCGAAGCAUAAGAAAGACUUGGAACCAUCGACAUCCAAAGAAAUACCUUCUAAAUCAUCGCACCAAAUACUUGCAAAUGCAUCAAAGGAGGGAAUGUCACAACCAUCAAGAGGAGCCUUGCAGUCAUCGAAAGAAGGACCUUCACAGUCAUCAAAAGAAGGACCUUCACAAUCAUCAAAAGAAGGACCUUCACAAUCAUCAAAAGAAGGACCUACACAAUCAACAAAAGAAGGACCUUCACAAUCAUCAAAAGAUACACAGCCAGAAUCGCUAAGAGAAAUCCACGUAGAACCCGGAUCGUCUAAAGAAAUCGAUUCGUCUGCAUUAUCCAAAGACCUAGCUCCUGGAUCGUCGCGCGAAAUCCAAAUCCUGAAUCGUACAUACGAAACCAAACGUACUGUUCACGACGGGCGACUAACCGAAGACGAAAAAAUAGUGGAGCAAAGACAGAGAGCCACCACUUCGUAUGGUGGUACAUUCCAUAUGUCCAAAGAUGCAGCUCCUUUACCAAGUCCGGAUGCACCUUGCAUCUGUCGAACCCCCUCAAGCCGGAAACGGUUAGGUAUCCGCGGCUCCGGUUCCCAGAUUAUCAAACGAUCAACUUCUGGGAACGUCCGGAAAGGGCCUGAUGGCCGGUACUACCUUUCCGAUGGUACCCCUCUGAUUGAGCUUGAAGACGAAAACGGAGAAAUUCUGUAUCAGGACGGCAAUGGUGUCAUGUAUACCAAAGAUGGGAUACCGAUUAUUUCCCUCGAUGAUUCAUAUACCGAAACGGUGAAGGAAAAUACCCAACAACAGUUCAGUACUCGUAAGUUGAAGUACGAAGAUGGGGUAUGGUACACUCCCGAUGGACAAAGAAUAGCAAAUGUUUAUAAAUGCUGCGAUGGGAAACUUGUUACCGCCGAUGGUACUCCGCUCAUUGAAAUUGAUGUAGGGGGUGGUAGUUUUAUUUACGAGUCACCACAAGGUGUUUUGUACUCGAGUGAUGGUACACCGAUUGGUUUUGAAAAUGAUAGAGAAAAAGAAGUAAACCGGCUUUAUGAAAGACAAACGAGUAAAUAUACCACAAAGUCGGAAACAAAGUUCCAAGAACGAAGAGUGGGAGAACCGGAGAGUAGUGAAGAUGUCUUGUAUCUAUGUGAUGGUACCCCUUCGAAAAAAAUUGAGACUCCUUCGGGCCAAAUAUUGUAUGAGUAUAAUGGCCAGUUAUAUACCCUAGAUGAUGAUGAUUUACCGAGGCAAAAAUCGGAACCCGUGUGGAAAAAAACGUCCCCUCAGGAACCAUACGCGUCAAGACAAACUAUUCAGUCUUAUGACCCAAAAAGGGUUCAAUCGAGGUGUGACAGUAGCCGUCAGCAAUUCAAGUCGAGAGAAAAUCUUCCACCAAGCGACCACAGCGUCCCCAGGUCAACCAGAUCUUCAACACCGUCUAAAGCGCCAUGCUAUGAAGGUGGGAGCGACCACAGGUCAAUCCCCAGGUCGAAUAGAUCAUUAACACCCCCCAGAGUACCAUGCUAUGAAGAUGGAAGCGACCACAGGUCAAUCCCCAGGUCGAAUAGAUCAUUAACACCCCCCAGAGCACCAUGCUAUGAAGGUGGAAGCGACCACAGGUCAAUCCCCAGAUCGAAUAGAUCAUUAACACCCCCUAGAACUCCAUGCUAUGAAGGUGCAAGCGACCACAGGUCAAUCCCCAAGUCGAAUAGAUCAUUAACACCCCCUAGAGACCAGACACCCAUUCCCAAGUCGACUACAUCGUUGACCCCGUCCAGAGCACCUUGUUAUGAAAGUGGAAGCAGUGUACCAGUCACUCCUGCUGGUAGUUAUGCCCCCCACGGAAAAUUGCAAGUGUGUGCGGCCCAAAAACAAGAAUCUUCUACCCCUACUUGUCCGUAUUUGCCCAAACCCAAACCUAUGACUCCUCGUUACUGUCCGGCGCAAACUUGCAUGAAACCCCAGAAGCGACCCUCUCCACCGCCCUCGCCCAAAAAGGAAAAAGCACCGUGUGCUGGUUCGAGAACUGUGGCCGUUUCUACGCGAAUGGUACCUAAAUGUCCAAUGUAUAAACAAAGUCAAAGUGCACCUACAAGCCCUCAACGGAAAGAUGCGCCCCCACGACCUGUCAAAAGCGCGGAACCAGGACAGGGGCACCAGUGGCAACAGCAACCAACGGUGGUACACCAACAGUACGUCCAGAAACCGUGCGUUUGUGGAAAUGUUCACUACCAACAAGCGACAACAGUCCAUGGGACUUUUAGCCAACCGGAGACACCCAAAACGGUGUCACCUCCAAAGUCGCCCAAUAAAGGCGGGUGUGGGAAGAAAGACUGCACCUGUCAGUUGUGCAAAAAUUCGAAAGAAGUGGUCGAACCAUCGGAUAAACCGCCGCUACAAACCAUUUCAGAAUGUGAUGUGGAGACGGAGCCUUCAUCGAGACAUAACAUUCAGAUUUCUCCAACUAGUUCAUCACAACCAACUUCAAGCGAUUACGUUCCUGAUAGGACUUCGCCCUCGUGUACCAAAUGCUAUAUCUGUGGAGACAAAAAUUGUCUCAUUCAUUCUCAAAAAGAAACAGGAAAUGAUUCAGUACAAACAAGCGAAACGCGAAUGCUCAGAGCCUCUGAUAUUCAAAAACUGACAUCAAACUUGCCCGGAACCGCCGAUGACUAUAAGAAAUAAUUACUUUAUUUCAUUUAAGGUUAAUACUUUUCGUUAGCUUUAAAAUUUUGAUUUUAUUGCGUU